UCAUUCUCCAUUUUACGAUCCAUGUCACGCAGAAUGACAGUAUUUACUGACCUUCAGCAUGAAGCUCCUUCCGUUUCUGGGAAUAUUGAGUUCGGCGAAUUUUAUCCAUCCCAACGAGUACUGCCACAUCUGCAAAAUGCACACUAUGUGCAAGUACAAGGAGAACACAAUACCAGAGAACUGCACUGAUUACAGGAAGAUCGAACUAACUAGUGAAAAUAAAACGGACAUUGUAGAGAUACAUAACAACCUGAGAAAUUUCGUGGCAUCUGGUGGUUACGUCAACGAAACGGACAUUCAUUUUCCUGAAGCUGCUGCGAUGAUCUACCUGAAAUGGAGCGAUGAAUUGGCGGACAUAGCUCAAAGAUGGGCCGACCAAUGCCGCGUAGACGAAAAUCAAGACGAAUGCAGAGAUACAGAAGAAUUUUCGAUUGGUCAAAACGUGGUAAUAAUGGAAUAUCCAUCGAACAGUUCCCUACCUUCCCUUCCUGACAUCUUCAUGACAAAGUGGGGCAACAGUUUCCGCUAUUUCAGUUCAAAGGACAUAUUGGAGUUCAAGAGCAACAACGCGGACAAAAUCGGCCAAUACUCCCAACUCAUCUGGGACACUACAGAAUACAUCGGCUGUGGACUGAUAACUUUCAAAAAUCACUAUGUGGAGGAGAAGGGCAAGGUUCAUACGGUGAGGAUGGUUUGCAACUAUGGUCCUGCUGGAAACAUAGACAACACGCCCAUCUACAAAAUCGGCCAGCCGUGUUCUCUAUGCAGCUCUAAGAAGUGCCAUAAGAAAUACAGAGCGCUUUGUAUUUCCGAUUGGAAGUCCCGGUUGUCCCUGGAGAAGAGUAGACUUAACGAGGAUAUUAAGCAGAUAAUGAUGGAGAAGUACAAUAUUUUUCGGAAUGGUGAUGACUGCUUCUGUGAGACUAGAUAUGAAACCGAUCGUGGAUCUCCUGAUGUUUCGUUCUUUCGUACAUCUUUGGUCUAUGUUACAACGAUUUGGCUCGUUUUGUUCAGAUGAAUUUUGUAUAUUCCUCUUGGGAACUUUGAUUCUUUUGUAUUGAACGAUUAUAUUGUUGUAGUUAUAAGA